CAAGGUCACACAUCUCUAUGAAAAUACGUUGGUUUACAAGGUCAUAGACGGUUACAAUAGUAUCAAACAUCAACACAGACAAAGCAGAUCUAAAGACGACAUUUCAGUGUUGAUGCAAGUAGACACUGCUACACCAUGGAACCUUGCUAUCAAUGGGAAAACAAGACAAGUAAAGAAAUCCGAGAAGAAUUCAAGUCCAUCAAACUUCAGUAUCAGAACAUAAAAGUAGAUAUUAAACCUGGAAAUUAUACCUGCUGCUUGUAUCUGCCAAACUCUGACAUUGCAUUUGCUAAUCAUAUGGAUGAUGUUGUGGUGAUUUAUAAAAUAGACGGAACUCUCAGCGCAAGUAUUUCGAUAGAAACACCAUUUGCAAUUACUUCCAUCGACAAUGAAACUAUUGCUGUAACUGGAGGCAGCACUCGUCUAAUUUCCAUAAUCAGUUUGUCUAGUUACAGUGUUGUAAAAACCAUAAAAACUGAAGAGACUGGGUGCUGGGGCAUAACUUACUAUGAUGGCUUCCUAUACUUUGUGGUUGAAUGGGAAUGUAUCUUUGCUUUAAAUCUAUCGAAUGGCAACCAACAAAUGUUAAAUUAUUUGAAUGGUAAACACUACAACAGUCAUUGCAAGUCCCAUCUCACCUCAUUCGGUAACAGACUGUGCUAUACCUCAAAUGAAAAUGCAGAUGUCUUGGUAUUAAAGAUUAAUCAUGAUAAAGAAUAUGCAGAGAAAGUAUACCAGAUAUACGAGCCCGAUGUAAUAAAAGACCAAGGACAGUGUACAAUGGAUGAAGACGGACAUGUUUAUGUCGUUAGCACAGAACUACGUCAGGUGAUAUUAGUAUCGGCCCAAGCUCUUUAUACAUGUUCAUAUGACAAUUGUCGCAAGUUAUUAGGCAAAGAUGACGGGCUUAUUUAUCCGAGUGCUAUUGAUUAUGACAGAAAAACAAAACGAUUUAUGAUACUUAACUUAUUAUCAGAUGAUGACGAACUUAGUCCAUAUUUUAUGAUUUUCAAGAAGGCUAAACCAGAACACCAAGCUGAUCAAAAUUUGUGAACACAUAUUUGUUAUGAUUGUGGCCUGUUUUCCCUUAUUGUUCUGUAUUAGACACGAAAAGACAUCGCCUCAUUAUAAGAAAACACAUAUUUUUCACUGUUGUUUGAGAAUCUAUAAACAGUUUGUGAAUGUCAUUAUAUGAAUAAGGAUAUUUUAAAUUAUUUUCAUGUUACUAAAUGUGGCGUAACAAAACAAUGAUCAUGUUUACAUUUGUACAAUAUGUGCGAAUUGCAUGCGC